CAGCAUUGGACAACCCAUGUGGCAGGAUGUCUCUCCAUCCCCCAUUCCAGUGCCUCCUUGCGACCUGACGGGUCUCUCCCUGCAGGUGACCAGCGCCAUGUCCAGCCAGGUGGUGGGCAUUGAGCCUCUCUACAUCAAGGCAGAGCCAGCCAGCCCCGACAGUCCAAAGGGUUCCUCGGAGACUGAGACUGAGCCCCCUGUGGCCCUGGCCCCUGGUCCAGCUCCCACCCGCUGCCUCCCAGGCCACAAGGAGGAGGAGGAUGGGGAGGGGGCUGGUCCUGGCGAGCAGGGUGGUGGGAAGCUGGUGCUCAGCUCCCUGCCCAAACGCCUCUGCCUGGUCUGUGGGGACGUGGCCUCUGGCUACCACUAUGGCGUGGCAUCCUGCGAGGCCUGCAAAGCCUUCUUCAAGAGGACCAUCCAGGGGAGCAUCGAGUACAGCUGUCCGGCCUCCAAUGAGUGUGAGAUCACCAAGCGGAGACGCAAGGCCUGCCAGGCCUGCCGCUUCACCAAGUGCCUGCGGGUGGGCAUGCUCAAGGAGGGGGUGCGCCUGGACCGCGUCCGGGGUGGGCGACAGAAGUACAAGCGUCGGCCAGAGGUGGACCCACUGCCCUUCCCAGGCCCCUUUCCUGCUGGCCCCCUGGCAGUAGCUGGAGGCCCCAGGAAGACAGCCCCGGUGAAUGCACUGGUGUCUCACCUGCUGGUGGUCGAGCCUGAGAAGCUGUAUGCCAUGCCUGACCCUGCGGGCCCUGAUGGACACCUCCCAGCUGUGGCUACUCUCUGUGACCUCUUUGACCGAGAGAUCGUGGUCACCAUCAGCUGGGCCAAGAGUAUCCCAGGCUUCUCGUCACUGUCGCUGUCUGACCAGAUGUCAGUACUGCAGAGCGUGUGGAUGGAGGUACUGGUGUUGGGUGUGGCCCAGCGCUCACUGCCACUUCAGGAUGAGCUGGCCUUUGCUGAGGACCUGGUCCUGGAUGAAGAGGGGGCACGGGCAGCUGGCCUGGGGGAACUGGGGGCAGCCCUGCUGCAACUGGUGCGGCGACUACAGGCCCUACGGCUGGAGCGAGAGGAGUAUGUCCUGCUGAAGGCCUUGGCCCUUGCAAAUUCGGACUCCGUGCACAUCGAAGAUGCUGAGGCUGUGGAGCAGCUGCGAGAAGCCCUGCACGAGGCCCUGCUGGAGUAUGAAGCUGGCCGGGCCGGCCCUGGAGGAGGUGCUGAGCGGCGGCGGGCAGGCAGGCUGCUGCUCACGUUACCACUCCUCCGUCAGACAGCGGGCAAAGUGCUGGCCCAUUUCUAUGGGGUGAAGCUGGAGGGCAAGGUGCCCAUGCACAAGCUGUUCUUGGAAAUGCUUGAGGCCAUGAUGGACUGAGGCAAGGGGUGGGACAAGUGGGGGUGCUGGCAGGACCUGCCCAGCAGGGGGUCAGCCCCAAGGGGGCAGAGCUGGGGUCUGGGCAGAGCCACAGCCUGCUGGCAGGGCCAGGGCAAUGCCAUUGGCCCCUGGGAGCAGGCCCCACGCCCUCCCCUCCCCACUCAGGGGUGUCAGAAGCUGGAAACGUGUGUGCCCAGGCUCUGGGCAGUGCUGCCCCUUGCAAGCCAUAACGUGCCCCCAGAGUGUAGGGGGCCUUGCGGAAGCCAUAGGGGGCUGCAGGGGAUGUGUGGGAGGCAGAAGCCUGAUCUCAGGGAGGGAAGGGGAUGGAGGCCACAGUCUCCCAAUGGGUGAUGCUUUUGCUGCUGCUUAAUCCGACCCCCUCUCCUGAGCAGAGGGGGACUUGGAGAGCAAAGGCCCCUGCCCCCUUCGCUCCUCUCCUCAUCAUUUGCAUUGGGCAUUAGUGCCCCCCCCCUUGAAGCAAUAACUCCAAGCAGGCUCCAGCCCCUGGACCUCUGGGGUGGCCAGGGUCCCCCAUCAGCUCCCACCCAGCCUUCUCAGGGGGUGGGGAGAGCACUGCCUCUAUGCCCUGCAGAGCAAUAACACUAUAUUUAUUUUUGGGUUUGGCCAGGGAGGCGCAGGGACAUGGGGCAAGCCAGGGCCCAGAGCUCUUGGCUGUACAGAGACUCUAUUUUAAUGUAUAUUUGCUGCAAAGAAAAACCGCUUUUGGUUUUGAACCUUUAAUGAGAAAAAAAUAUAUACUAUAGAGCUCCAGAA